CUUUUGUCAAAUUGGUUUAUCAAUGUCUGUAUAUACCGAUGAGCCUAGAAGUUACCCCCAGCUUCAAUCUUUAUGAAACCGAACUCAAAUGUGGAAUUUCGAUUGAAAUCCUAAAUUCGCCGGUGUAGAACAACAGCGACCACAAGGGUUUUCUUCUCCCACUGACAGGUAUCGAUCAUCGCCUCUUUUGAUUUCCAUCUUGUUGCCCAUUUUAGUUUUCUUUCUGAUACACCCAACUUGCGAUUACGAAACCUAGAUCUAUUGUGUAUUCUUUAUGGUAUGUUCCGACAUGAAUUGGUUGAUUGAUAUGGUGUGCAUAUUGUUUCGUCAUGAACAUUUGUGGAAACUUCAUUUUUAGAGUGUUCUAGAAGUCAAUUUGAAUCACAGUAAGUUGGAUGUACUAGCUUUUUAAAUUUAAAUGUGAUACAUUUCCAUGUGUUGGUUUUAAAGGGUUUCAUGAUCGAUCAACCUUUAGAUUCUUGUUCUUGAAUCUUUUGGAGUUGAAAACUUGGAAUAAAUUUGAAAGUUUGACAAGAGACUUCCUUUGAAAUUAGCAUAGAACAUACUACCUUUUUAUAUUAAGAUGAAAUAGGGGAAAAAGUUGCAGAUUCUGUGAUCAAAUUGAACGGCGCAAACCUUUAGUGAUGACAAUUGGGCCAAUCAACAUUUAGCUUGCAAGUUCACGAAAGAGAUGAGUUGCAAUAAGAAGUGACAUCCCAAGAAUGGAUUUGUUUUGAUCUAUGGGGACCGAGGAAGUAAUAUAACUGUUUAAUCUACUGUCUAAUUGAGCUAGAUGUAGGAUCUUGGUCCUGCUUGCAACAAAAUGAUACCCUUUUGGCUUUUUAUUUUUCAUUUCAACUUGAAUGUCUUCAGUUCUUCCAAUAUUAUUAGAGAUGCGCUGGGAUGGCUGGCUUAUGCAUAUGCAUUUCAGUUCCUCAUUGUUAUGGAGUCUAUUUCAUGUAUGAAGUUUAUUUGCAGCAGGUACCGUGUAGUUAUUAACUACUUCCUCCUUAAAGAAGUGCAAUGCUAGACUUGACACUUAGUUUAAUGAGAGUCUUUGACAAAUAAUCAAAUACCUAAACCUGUUAAGGUGCGUUUGGUAUGCAGAUUACAUGGGAUGGGACGGGACAAAAGAAAGUAGUCCCAUGUUUGGCAUGCCAUAGACAAAAAAUACAUAGGACAAGAUGGGACUAUUUUUAAAUUUCAUGGGACAAAACUUGAUAAUUUUUGUUCCACCAAAAACAGGUGGAGCAACAUGGGACUAAAUAUAAAAUCGACAGAACUUUUUUACUGAAUAAUGGUUGCUAGAAAAGAAAGAAGGUAUAUUUUCCCACACUGCUGGUUGGUCAAACCAACGAUUACUUCUCAGAGUAAUAAGGAGAUCCUUUUUCUAGCAAACAAUCCCUUCCUACUUGUUUGUCCUGACAGAUAGAAAGAGAGACCCCAAAGAGCAUUCUUUACUGUACCAAUUUCAGUUUCAAUUUCUGUGCACACACUAGAAACGUCGAUCAUACCCAUUUAUUCGGUUGCUUGGUCAGCAUAAAAAUACCUUACCCGCCCUACAUAACAAAGUCCCUUCCUCUGUCAAGAUGCCAGGUUUAAGCCCUUCUCAAGGUUAUGCAUAUAAAAUGAAUAGCAAUGGCUGAAAUCACCUUGGUUACUAUUAAAUACUCUAUUCUUCGGAUAACGUUUAAUAAAUUUUCACAUUUAGUUUCUCAAUUGGUUCACAUAUUUUGACAAAGAUCAAGACAACCAGUAAGGAGUAAGAAUUGUAUUUUAGCAAACAUCUUUCAUAGUUUAUACCUUAAGAUUUCUUAAUUUUUGUCAUUUUACAACUAAAUGCAACCUUUUAGCUUUUUUGAGAUGCGUUCAGCUACAUCAAUCUAUUCCCGAGAGCACCAAGAAGGAAAAAGUUGCCGCGUCUGAUAAGCAGAAGAACAGAGUUUGCUUGAGAGUAUCUGAUUCACUAGACCUGAAGUUCCAACAGACAGGAAGUUAUUUGUGAUUUGUUGGAGAGGAUGACGAACCACCCUCAAAACGUGUGAAAGCAUCCUCUAGAGAACUAAGAGGUCUUUCAAACGGUGAGUGUCUAAAAGAACCUUCAAGUUGCUCAUUAAGUGCUUCAAUGGCUCGGCCCCUAGCCUCGCAAGGGGAUGAUGAAGUGAUUAGUUCAAAAGGAGUUAAGAAAGUGGAAUUCGUUCGAAUCAUAGCUGAAGCAUUGUAUUCUCUUGGGUAUAGUAAAACUGGGGCUUAUCUCGAAGAGGAGUCGGGAAUACCUUUUCAUUCAUCUGUAGUUACUGUAUUCAUCCAACAAAUUCUUGAUGGCAGUUGGGACGAAAGUUUAGCUUCUUUGCAUAAAAUUGGCAUAGUGGAUGAAACUAUAAUUAAGUUGGCAUGCUUUAUAAUACUACAGCAGAAAUUUUUUGAACUUCUGGACGGAGAAAAGGUAAUGGAUGCUUUGAAGACACUGAGGACUGAGAUAGCACCUCUUUCUAUAAACAACUUCAGAGUCCGUGAGCUUUCAUCCCUCAUUUUGUCUCCUUCACACAGGGUCAUUGAUGGAAUAUCUGGUCAAGAAAUGGUCAAACCGAAGCCUCGAUCAGAGCUACUUGAGGAUUUACAAAAGUUAUUUCCUCCAACGGUAAUGAUACCAGAAAAAAGGUUGUUACAAUUAGUAGAACAAGCGCUUGACUUGCAACGUGACACGUGCUUGUUUCACAAUUCUUUGGUUGGGGAAACUUCAUUAUUAACUGAUCAUCGUUGUGGAAGAGAUAACAUUCCUUCAGAAACAGUACAGAUUCUGCCAGACCACCACGAUGAAGUUUGGUACUUGCAGUAUUCUAAAAAUGGGAAAUACUUGGCGUCGUCAUCCAGUGAUCAUUCUGCAAUUAUAUGGGAGGUUAAUUUGGAGGGUAGAGUCUCUUUAAAGCAUAGAUUAAUCGGCCACCAAAAACCGGUAUCAUGUGUUUCAUGGAGCCCGGGUGAUGAUCAGAUCCUCACAUGUGGUGCAGAGGAAGUUAUCAGGCGUUGGGAUAUUUCGUCCGGUGAAUGCCUUCAGGUUUACGAGAAGGGUCUCAUUGGUUCUAUUUCUUGUAGCUGGUCUCCAGAUGGGAAAUGGAUCUUUUCGGGAUUGACUGAUAAAAGCAUAAUGAUGUGGGAUUUGGAUGGAAAAGAGAUGGAUUGUUUAAAGGGACAAAAGACUCUUAGGAUCUCGGACUUGCAAACGACUAGUGAUGGGAAAUUGAUUACAAUUUGUAAGGAAAAUAUGAUAGUUAUUCUUGACAGAGAAUCAGGGACGGAAAGAUGUAUCAAAGAGGAUCAAAUGAUAGUUUCGUUCACGUUAUCUUGGGACAACAAGUUCUUGCUGGUUAGUCUUGUGAAUGAAGAAUUGCACCUCUGGAGUAUUCAGGGCCAUAUUCGAUUUGUUUCCAAGUAUAGAGGUCAUAGACGUUCUCGCUUCAUUGUUAGAGCGUGCUUUGGUGGAUUUCAGCAAGCGUUUAUUGCCAGUGGCAGUGAAGAUUCACAGAUUUACAUAUGGCACAGAGGAUCAGGAGAGCUGAUAGAAACAUUGGGAGGCCAUUCUGGUGCUGUGAACUGUGUCAGCUGGAACCCAACGAACCCACAUAUGCUGGCCUCGGCUAGUGAUGACCGUACAAUACGCAUUUGGGGACUAAAUCACGUCGACACCAAAUCCAACAGUUGCAUUCCUCAUUGUAAUGGAGCAAAUUAAAGCAGCCUUACUACUCAUAAGAAAGGUACCAAGAAUUCACAGAUUAAUUGUUUCUUUUCUUGCUGUUGGGUUCAUGUAGAUACCUUUGCUUCCUUUCCUUGCCAACUAGAUAUUUAUAAUGACAAUGUGAAAUGCUUACUUACUGCUUGAUUAAUUUGAUUUCCAUUAUUUUCUGAA